ACGUGUCAUUAAAAACAGGUUUUGUUCUUUUGGCACGGUGAACGUGUGGCUGGAAUUUGAUUUUGGCUUUCAUUUUCACCAGAAGACAACAAAGGGGGGAUGUCAGCUUGAAUUAUCGCCCGUGGGCAGUCGAGGUCUCGUGUGACUGACCCUGAUGGUUAUGUUGCUAAUAUGAACUAGCUAAUUCAAACAGAUCCAGCUCACCCUCGGGGCAGGGCAAUAUGGAAAGAGCCCCGAGGGAUUGGUGUGAGAAACUACCAUGUGUUUCUUCCAGCACAGGCUUCUUGAUUUACCUAGCUGUGAUCUUACAUGACAAAGACAGAGAGAGUCAGCGAUCGUUUGUAUGAGUGAAAUAGUGCUUUUUCUUGAUCGGAGCAUUUGAUCCCAGAGCUGUGUGCUUGGAUGCAUCUUUUGCAUGUUUUUGGAGUUUUGUCCUAAUCAGAAAAAGAAAGAAGUCAACAGUGGCUGUUACCAGAUAACCGGAUCCUGCUGGGAUGGUUUAGAUGUCACUAACACAUAAUUUACGGUUGUAAAAGCUCACCUCUAUCACAAAUGGAGAAAACAGCUGGUUCUGUGUGGGAACGGAUGCCUGAAAGCCAGGGAUCUCUUCACAGAGGCAUCAGGCCUCCCAUAAUGAAUGGCCCCAUGCACCCUCGUCCUCUGGUGGCGCUGCUGGAUGGCCGGGACUGUACGGUGGAGAUGCCCAUCCUGAAGGACGUGGCCACCGUGGCCUUCUGUGAUGCCCAGUCCACCCAGGAGAUCCACGAGAAGGUUUUAAAUGAAGCAGUGGGUGCUCUCAUGUACCACACCAUCACCCUGAUGAGGGAGGACCUGGAAAAGUUCAAAGCACUUCGUAUAAUAGUCCGCAUUGGGAGCGGCUUUGAUAAUAUCGACAUAAAGUCUGCCGGAGACUUAGGAAUAGCAGUCUGCAACAUGCCCGCAGCUUCAGUCGAGGAGACGGCAGACUCCACCAUGUGUCACAUCCUAAACCUGUACCGACGCACCACCUGGCUGCACCAGGCUCUCCGGGAGGGCACGCGGGUCCAGAGCGUGGAGCAGAUCCGAGAGGUGGCGUCUGGGGCGGCCCGGAUCAGAGGGGAGACGCUGGGGAUCAUUGGUCUAGGGCGUGUUGGACAGGCGGUGGCACUGAGGGCCAAAGCAUUCGGCUUCAACGUGAUCUUCUACGACCCGUACCUGUCUGACGGGACGGAGCGAGCCCUGGGACUGCAGAGAGUCAACACCCUACAGGACCUGCUCUUCCACAGCGACUGCGUCACCUUACACUGCAGCCUCAACGAGCACAACCACCAUCUGAUCAACGACUUCACCAUCAAACAGAUGCGUCAGGGGGCUUUCCUGGUGAACACGGCGCGUGGCGGUCUGGUGGAUGAGAAAGCUCUGGCCCAGGCUCUGAAAGAGGGCAGGAUACGAGGAGCAGCCCUGGACGUCCAUGAGACCGAGCCCUUCAGUUUCAGCCAAGGUCCUCUCAAAGACGCACCCAACCUGAUCUGCACCCCUCACGCGGCGUGGUACAGCGAGCAGGCCUCCAUUGAGAUGCGUGAGGAGGCGGCGCGGGAGAUCCGUCGUGCUAUCACCGGGCGCAUUCCAGACAGCCUGAAGAACUGCGUCAACAAAGACUUCCUCACACAGACCACGCACUGGGCCGGCAUGGACCCGACUGUUGUUCAUCCAGAACUCAACGGAGCCUACAGGUACCCCCCAAGCGUCGUGAGCCUAGCUUCAGGGGGUCUGCCUCCUCCAGUGGAGGGCAUCAUGCCAAGCACCGUACCCAUCACCCACAGCCUCCCCACCGCGGCCCACCCUUCGCACGCCCCGUCACCCGGCCAAACCGGCAAAGCCGAACCCGAUAGAGAGCAGCACCCCAACGAACAGUUGUAGCCCCCUCUUUAAAAGCUCUCCGUACCACUAUAGAACUCUCCUGGUCCUUCUUUACCCCAAAGAAGAGGAGCGGACACCAAAACCAGCCACUAAAAACACCCACGACUCUGAAGAAGCCAACGCUUGACUGAAGGUAGAGGACUGCGCUCUUUGAAGUAACCAGUGGGAAAAAAAACAACAACAAAAAAAGAGAAAGUCUUGUGGAUUUGAAACUUCUCCCUGAUGCAAAACCCUGCUGUUUUAGAUUGUAGUCUGUCCAAGUGCAGUGGGCGAUCUUUUAUCUGUUAUUUUGUCCGUCUAAUGGGUUUCAUUGUUAAAACAACAGUAGCUAUUACAUGAAUGUUACCUGUUUGUGUACAGUUUUAAGGACAUGAUCAAUGGUUUGUAGACAAGAAAAAAAAAAUAGAAACGUCAUUAAGGCAGGCAUUUUACCACCUGAUUACGAUACGAUACGAUACGAUAACAAAAAGCUUAUUCGUUUCACUCCUUUGAUUUUAAAAGCACCAAAAGAGGCGGGAUUUGCACACCCUCUCAGGAAAAUUUACCCCCCCCCCCCACCUUCCUUUUAAAUUAAACCACAUAGUGCAUUGUUUUUUGUACCCAUUUGUCUUUUGUAGUCUAAAUUCAGUGCAGUACUUAAAGAACUACACACAGUAUGUUUUAUUUUUAUUUUCGGAGCAUGUAUUACUUUAUGUGUUAAGGGUUAAAAAGAAAACAGAAAAUGUUCAGUUUUUGAACAAAAAGGAAAAAAAUGUCUUUGUCUUGUGCUAAGCUGGCGUAAUGCUUGCCUGUUUGUGUGCGACUUGAUUGUUUCGUGUUUUUCGAGGAUGCCGGGAUCAUUGCAGCUCUCCAUCGCCUACAUAGAUUCCUUCCUGGUAAAGUGGUAGGCUAGCAAUAUACAUACUAUAUAUACUAUGAGAUAUGAAUAUUUUUUGUUAAACAGAAUCCAAAAAGAAAUGUUUGUGACUGUAUGCAUUUGUAUGAAUUAUUUUAAAUGAAAUAAAAGUCCGAGUUAAACGA